AUCAUCCAGAAGCACUGCAGCCGGUCACGCCAAACGAUGAUGUUCAGCGCCACUAUGAAUCAGGAGGUGUUGAAACUUGCCAAGGUGGUCUUAUCCAAACCUCUCACUAUUGCGACCACCAAGGCCAACCGGGUAGCCCCCACGUUGACACAGGAAUUCGUAAGAUUCUUCGGGCGAGCGGUAAGGGAGGCUGCCGCAUCACUGUCCCCUCCUCAGAUUCGA